UUUUUAAUAUCUAAAUUUUGUAUGUUUGUUUAUGUUUAAUUUAUCUAGCAUGGUUCAUAAAAACUAAUGAAAAAUUAAUGUACUAGUGGAAAAAAUAGACUAUUAGUUUUUAGUAGUAAUAUUUUUAAAAAAUAAUAAAAAUUUUAAAAAUAUUUAAUUUUUUUUAGUUUUUUUUACUAAACUAACAUAAUGAAUUUUAAUAAUAAACUAGUAUUGUUUCUAUUAAUAUUUUCCAUCAUGUUAAAUGUUAUAAAAUGGCAGCAUGUUAUGGCUGAUGAAGAUGGCGGUAAUAAAGGUGGUGGUGAUGGAGUAGGAGGAGGAGGAGGUGGUGAUAAUGGACAAGCAGGAGGAGGUGGUGGUGGUGAUGGACACGCAGGUGGAGGUGGUGGUGAUGGACAAGCAGGUGGAGGUAGUGGUGAUGGACAAGCAGGUGGAGGUGGUGGUGAUGGACAAGCAGGUGGAGGUGGUGGUGAUGGACAAGCAGGUGGAGGUAGUGGUGAUGGACAAGCAGGUGGAGGUGGUGGUGAUGGACAAGCAGGUGGAGGUGGUGGUAAUGGACAAGCAGGAGGAGGAGGUAGUGGUGAUAAUGCUAAAGGAGGUGAUGGACAAACAGGUGGAGGUGGUGGUGAUGGACAAGCAGGUGGAGGAGGUAGUGGUGAUAAUGCUAAAGGUGGUGAUGAACAAGCAGGUGGAGGAGGUAGUGGUGAUAAUGCUAAAGGUGGUGAUGGACAAGCAGGUGGAGGAGGUAGUGGUGAUAAUGCUAAAGGAGGUGAUGGUCAAGUAGGAGAAGGUGGUGGUGGUGAUGGACAAGCAGGAGGAGGAGGUAGUGGUGAUAAUGUUAAAGGUGAUGGACAAGCAGGUGGAGGUGGUGGUGAUAAUGCUAAAGGAGGUGAUGGUCAAGCAGGAGAAGGUGGUGGUGGUGAUGGACAAGCAGGAGGAGGAGGUAGUGGUGAUAAUGCUAAAGGAGGUGAUGGACAAGCAGGUGGAGGAGGUAGUGGUGAUAAUGCUAAAGGAGGUGAUGGUCAAGCAGGAGAAGGUGGUGGUGGUGAUGGACAAGCAGGAGGAGGAGGUAGUGGUGAUAAUGCUAAAGGAGGUGAUGGACAAGCAGGUGGAGGAGGUAGUGGUGAUAGUGCUAAAGGAGGUGAUGGUGAACAAGAGGGAGGUAGUGGUGCUGAAAAUAAAGAAGGUAGUGAUGGAGAGGGAGGAGUAGGAGGAGGAAGAGGUAAUGAUGAUAAUGGUAGUAGCGGUGGCGGUAGUGAUAAAGGAGAUGAUGGUCCAAUAGUUUUGGGUAAACAACCGUCUAAAAAUACAGCCGGUAAUAGUAGUAGUAGUAGUGGCGAUGAUGUUAAACUUAAAGGUGGUAAUGCUAAAAGUGGCCCGGGAGGUGCCAGAGAUCAUGGACUUAAAAGUCGUGGUAAUAAAGGUGGUUCUGGACCUAAAGGUGGUGCUGGGCCUAAAGGUGGUGCUGGGCCUAAAGGAGGUGCUGGGCCUAAAGGAGGUGCUGGGCCUARAGGUGGUGCUGGGCCUAAAGGAGGUGCUGGGCCUAAAGGAGGUSCUGGGCCUAAAGGAGGUGCUGGGCCUAAAGGAGGUGCUGGGCCUAAAGGUGGUGCUGGGCCUAAAGGUGGUGCUGGGCCUAAAGGUGGUGCUGGGCCUAAAGGUGGUACUGGGCCUAAAAAAGGUCCUGGCCCUAAAGGAGGUCCGGGGCCUAAAAAAGGUCCUGGGCCUAAAGGAGGUCCUGGACCUAAAGGUGGUAGUUCUGGAGGCAAAUGUAUAAGUUCUCAUGAAAUAUGUAGUUUUGAUUAUGUAUGUUGCGGUAAUAUGAUAUGCAAUGAAGAAUAUACCAGAUGCUAUGAUCCAAAGGGUAGUGUCCAACAUCUACAAGGUCUACAACGCUUUAAAAAACUUAAUCUUGAUGACCUACCCAAUAGAAACGGUAGAUUAAUGGGCUCAAAAGGUGGCCCAAUGGGUGGUGCUAAAGGCGGUGGUGGACCGAAAGGACCUGGUGGACCUAAAGGACCUGGUGGACCUAAAGGACCUGGUGGCCCUAAAGGACCUGGUGGACCUAAAGGACCUGGUGGACCUAAAGGACCUGGUGGCCCUAAAGGACCUGGUGGACCUAAAGGACCUGGUGGACCUAAAGGACCUAAAGGACCUGGUGGCCCUAAAGGACCUAAAGGACCUGGUGGCCCUAAAGGACCUGGUGGCCCUAAAGGACCUGGUGGACCUAAAGGACCUAAAGGACCUGGUGGACCUAAAGGACCUAAAGGACCUGGUGGACCUAAAGGACCUAAAGGACCUGGUGGACCUAAAGGACCUGGUGGACCUAAAGGACCUAAAGGACCUAAAGGACCUAAAGGACCUAAAGGAGCUGUUGGCCCUAAAGGACCUGGUGGCCCUAAAGGACCUGGUGGCCCUAAAGGAUCUGGUGGACCUAAAGGACCUAAAGGACCUGGUGGCCCUAAAGGACCUGGAGGACCUAAAGGACCUGGUGGACCUAAAGGAUCUGGUGGACCUAAAGGAACUGGUGGACCUAAAGGUCCUGGUGGCCCUAAAGGACCUGGUGGCUCUAAAGCGGGUGCCAGACCAACACCUAAACCUACUGAUACUAAAUUAAGAGCGCCUGGAGCUGGUGGUGAUAGUAAUGAUGGAAAUGGUGCUCCUGGUUCUGAUAAUGAUUCCAAAGGUGACGUUAAUAAAAGUUUUAAACCUACAAAUACUGGUGCACCAAGUGGUGGUGGUGGUAGUAAUGAUGAAAGUAGUAGUAAUGGAGCUGGGCCAACUGUAAAUAAUGCAAAUGGACCUGGUACAAAUGGUAAUGAUGGAAAUGGACCUGGUUCAACUGGAAAUAAUGGUAAUGGACCUGGUAUAUUUGAUAAUAAUGGAAACGGUGCUGAUACAUACGGAAAUAAUAGAAAUGGCCCUGGUACAUAUGGAAAUAAUGGAAAUGGGCCUGGUACAUAUGGAAAUGGUGCUGGUACAUUUGGAAAUAAUGGAAACGGUGCUGAUACAUACGGAAAUAAUGGAAAUGGACCUGAUACAUAUGGAAAUAAUGGAAAUGGACCUGAUACAUAUGGAAAUAAUGGUAAUGGAGCUGGUACAUAUGAUAGUGGUGGUGGUUAUGAUAAUGGGGGUAAUAACUAUAGACGUCCUAAUCGUUGGGGGGGUCUUCUUAAUCGUUGGCGUAAUCGUGGAAAUACAAGAAAUGGUGGCCUUAGAAGUCGAUUGUGGGGGUUCUGGGGUUAAAGAAAAUAUUUAUCAAAAGUAUAUUGAUUAUUUUUUUUAAAUAAAUAAUUUAUAUUAAUUUUUUUUC